AUGCCGCAGUACGACGAGACCUGUGUUUUCGUUGCGGGUUUGAUGAGCCCGGGCAGAGAGUUCUCCUGGAGAGGGCUAGAGCGGCGGCGAAAUCGCGAAAUCGCGAGAUACCCCUCCCAGCUCCGCCACCGCUACGACGGGGAGGUGGACUUUGCCGCCGCCGCCGCCGCCGCAGCAGCAGCAGAAGCCGCAAGCCACUAUCCGUACAUCAUUGCAUUUGCUAAGCCAAAGACCUCGAUGGCGGGAACGUCUGUCACCCAUGUAUCGUCGACCGAAAGGGGACGGCGAGAUUGA